CGGACGAGCCAAGUUCUAAAUUCGUUCGCAAUCGAUAAUGCGAUCGAAUCGAAACCGGCAUUGUCGUCUGAUGGAACAAGUUGGAGCGGUGAUGAAGUAUUUCUGCCAUUAGUUAGGCCUGUGAGAAGACGAGAAUAUCAGGACCUUGUCGGGCGGUGGCCCAUGUCAGUUUUUUCAGGUCAAAUUUCAAAAAACACUUCGCGUACCCUUUCAUUAAUGUGAAUCUAGGUAUAUUUAUUACUUUCCGAAUGGUUAUUACCACAGUUUUCUGAGUUGCUCGGCGUUAUUUUCUAAAGUCUUUUUGGAAUACACAAGCCAUUGUCACGAGAUAAAAUAUGCUUUAAGGAAAUUCAUGAGGUUCAUCUAAACCUCUUAUGAUCACGGAAAUUCGACCAGGGAACACGGCAUGGCAUCAUCGCGACGUCUCACGAGCAACUUCCCAAGCGGGCACGACCGUUACCAGUCUCUCCAACAGGUCAGCAGUAGGAUCCUCAGCCGAGCUGGAACACUGAACAGCAUGGAGGAACGGGAGCUAAACAGAAAGAGGCGACAGUUAGAGUACAAGGAGGGUCUCAAGGAAGCCCACUACCAGUCCGUAAAGAAACGACUAUGUGACAACCUCAAAGACCAUGUCUUAUACAGGCGAGCACUGCGGAACAGUCUUAAGAAGAAGUCCAGGUCGGAAGUCGAUCUGCGGACAUCGGUUGACGUCGAUCAGAGCAGAGGGGGAACUGAGGGUGGUGAAGACGACGAUGACGAUGAUGAGGGGAGUAUGUUUGGACGUUACUACGGGCGGACCCACCCACGAUUUGCAGAAGCCAUGUUGGAUCUUGAGUAUAAGAUGAGACACAGUGAGAAAGAAAAGACGAAAAAACUCCUGGAGAUAUCAAGGAAUGAAAGCGACAUCCUCAUUGAUCGUAAACUCACCACGGAUCAGAUCUUGAAAGCGAAUCAUCUGCCGCUAUCGGAGAGGUUAAGGGUUACAAAUACGGAGAAGUUCCAGUCCAUUAUCAACAGAACACGCGCCAUAUAUGUUUUGAACAAAAUGCGAAACAAGAUAGCGGAAAGAAAAGAAAAAGAGAAAGGACUGCGGAUUCGCAAGAGUUCGAAGGGUGAAUUUUGCACCAAAAAUUCCAAGACGGAUAUUCCAUUGGAUACGGACUUGUUGAUUGAAUAGACAUGACUAUA